GUCGUCAAGGUGCGUUUCCAGAGCCGCGGUCGGGUACGGAGAUGCAACCCGCGCGCGCCCAGUGCGCACCGCCAUCACACGCGCCAUGUGGCACGACGCCGUUCACAAGGCGUCACAGAACCCAAGAGGAGUGAGCGUGGUCGCCCCGGGAUGAGCGACUGCGGUCCCCGAUGGACGACGCCCCCGCCGCCGCACCACCACCAGAAGGAGUACCAGUCCCGCCUACGCCACUCCCGGUACAGCCGUUGUCACCACCACCACUCAUCGCUGCUUCAACGUCUUGUAGCGUCUGUUGCCAGCAGCAGAGAUACAAUCCACUGCCCUCUACAAGCAGUGGGACCGUUGAAGACGUCGAGGAUGGCAGCGAGGAUGGCGUCGGGGGCGGCAGUGGGGAAAAGGGAACCGCGGGAGGCUUCAACCGGAACUUCCUUCGGUGCCUGGUGCUCCUACUGCCGGUCGCCGUGCCCGUCGUCGUGUACGUGCGCGACGUGGACGCGACGCGACGCGUCUUCCUCUUCGCCUUCGUCCUCUUCCUCGUACUCGUCUUCUCUUGCGUCACGUUGGCCGUGGUGCGCUCGCGCUCUAAGAGCGGAAAUGACGAAGAGGAUCCUGCCCCAAGUACGCGAGCGCUGUCGUUUCCUCGGCUGCACCGCCCGCACUACCUGGACCGAGCCGUACCCUAUUGGACUGUGGGACAGCAUGUCCAUUACCAGCCGGCGGCGCAGUUGAGUCCGUCAAGCUGUCGCACUGGAGGGCACAGAGUCACUCCUAUCCUACUAGACGAUCCUCCUUCGUAUUUGGACGCCCUCAAGUGCCCUCUGGCGAACACGCGUGCCCUGGAGACGCCACCGCCUUCUUACGAGGCUGUCUCCUGAUGAGGCAGGCAUUCACGUCAGCAAGUUUGAUGGGCUGAAGAUAUGUGUGGUGCUCCUCGCGACAGGAAACACCUUGCUUGGGUAGUUGCCCCGGGUUUCGGCGUAUUUUGACGAACCGGCAGCGCGUGGCAAUAUAGAGCCAAGAGGACGCUAAAACGCUCCGUAGUUCUCUUUGAAAAUUUUGCCUUGUUUUUGUCCAAGUGAAAAGUGUAACAGGAAAAGUGUACAAGUGUUUGUUUGUGGAGAUGUGCUUGUGAAGUGAAAGGUUGUGAAGUGGCUUUUACUGCGGCAUGGAGGCGCACGAGACACGCGUGGGUCAUCGUACAUUUUUUUCGUGUAUCGUUGUUUCCUUUUUAUUUUUGUGCUUAUUGUGUCACCCUUUCUUAAUCUGAGUAGACGAUGUACACUGCAGUCAACGACUGGCGCGCGCUUGGCCGUACACGAAUGACAGUGCGCGUGCAGAUUGUGUGCGCGCGCAGGUGGGCUACAGGGAGAUCGCAUCCUGUAGCGAUCCUCGAGUGCGACUGUUGUUGUACUCCUCAUCACACGCGUACGGGCUGCGCACAAACACUUCAACGACGCUUAUCAGACACCACUGUUGCAACAUAUCUCGUCAUCAACAAGAGGCACCUUCUCACAGAAUUUGACCUCCACUCAUAGCACUGCCACAUUUCUAAAGCCUCGAGAUGUUUCAGACAUGGCGUCUGGGGUACAGUUCCUGAAGGGCCAUACUUCAUCGGCGGCCAGCAGAGCCGGCUUGUGGUUACUUGCGAUACGCUUUGGAAGCACCAUCAACGAUACGUCUUCAGGUUUCAUUCGAAUUAUUUCAUGGCAUACUCAGAGUGAAGCACAUAUAGACUCGCUGCGCAUCUGUAGCUCGUAUACGUCAUCGCCACUUUCAUCAAGCCGUUAACAGCGCCGCUAUGGUACCUCGACGUAAAUAUGGAUGUUGCGCUGCUCGGCCACCGUUUCCCCUUCCCAGAAUGUCUUUUGUCACCGAGAACCUUCGAAGGUUUAUACGUGAGACCAAACAACAACAACGCUGAUCACUCGUAUUCCUUGCUCCGAUUGUAUCAUGCAUCCAACCCGUUAGUUAGUCGUGCAGGUGCACUCGACGGAAGGGAGUUGAGCGACAGGAGGAAAACGUACUUAGGAUAAUAUACUGCUUGUCACAUAGUCUUGCAUGCAAGACUACAUGCAAGACUACCGCAAGUUAUUAUUCUAAAAUGUCAUACUGUUCAACUCCUCUUGUGUUUUUCUUUUUUUUAAUUCAAUCCGAUACAGGUUUCAUCAUGGGCUGCUGUGGUUUGCGUUUUACACUCUUAUCAAAUGAGAACUACCUAAUUUUAGUUCCUUUUUGAAUUCUAUGCAUUGCCACAACCCUUUCGUGACUAAGUGCGCGGACGCUUAUGCGAAGUAUAGCGACUAUUUGUAAUGCUGGGAGAUAAAUUGUAGUGCGAUGGGUCUGAAACGAGGAAUAGCCGCAGUCUGGGCUACAAGCUGUAAUUGAUCCGCAAGCUGCUCCCUCGUUUCCUUCUUAGAGCAUGUAUAGUUUCGCACACAGUGUUUCAGCGCUUCUUGCAGCCUUCUUUAACGGACGUAUUUCCGGACUCGGCCACACGAAAAAAAAUAAAAAAUCAUAGGCUAUAAUCUUGAGGGAAAAAGAAAUGUGUAAAAUGAACGCCAUUCCACUCCUUGCUCGCCAACUUCACUUCUUGAGUGCCCUAAUACGUUAUGGGCAAGAGUACAUCAUUUCCUGUCGACCUACCAUCACAUCGGACUGAAACGCUACAUGACGGUGGAGAUCUUGUAAAUACUUGGCAUAGAUCGUCCCCUCCCCCUCAACUGUAGCUGUUCUGUAAGCGUGAAUUGAAUCGUAGUGGUUCCUCCCGUUGAUUCUAUACAGUUGUCCCAGAGACAACGCCACCAACAAGACAACACAGUGAGACGGCUAUGCUUGCAUUUCAACCUGCCAUAGGUACUUUUCCUUCCACUUUUCAACUGCAGUUAUCAUCUCCCAUUCGGGCCUAGCGGAGUAUCUUGUUUGUAGCAAGACGCACAACAUUUAAAGGGUUUGUGACACUUCGUCCCGAGUUAUGCCAGAUAAAUGUUUGUAGUAAAAAUAAACAAAUGUGAAAGACAAUUAUUUGCAUCGAUGUGAACUUGCAUUUCAAGUUUUAAAGCAAAGGGGGUAAUAGGCGCGUAGGAGAUUUGCACCGCGAAUACCGAAACCCAUCCAGUUGUGACGUCACUGCUCGCGUCUCCGCCAGUGAGGAAGCGCGCAAGAGGUCACAUGAUUAUGAGUACCAAUGGGACGGGCCGUAGCUCUCGCUCCUACGACGCCAGAGCUGGCGCGCAUGCGUAUUCGAAGAUGUGUAUUUACUUUGUCAAAUAUGACACCUAGAAAAUUCCUUUUUCCUCAGCACUCAGGCAUGUAGCAGAAUGCGUGCGUUAUGUAAUGGGCAAUAUACAGGGUGUCCACGCUAAGUGUGAACUGAUUUUCUUUUAACCUUUUUCCAGGACGCAAGAGGCGAUAGUGUGCUCUUUCAUCCUCUCGUACUGGGGGCGAAGGAAAGACGCGUCUCUAGAGAUGCGCAAUGAAUAAAAUAAAGAAAAAAAAAUGGCGUUCCUUCACGAAUUUUUGCGGACGAUCUACCGAACGGAUUUUUGUUCUGAAAACGGCUUUGGUAUCUGGUGACCGAAGAGAUCAGAUGUUCUCAUUGGAGCGACUUCGUAGCUUUUAUAAUUAAAAAGUUCAUUAUUGAAAGUUAAUUAAGACAUUGCCUUAGGAGUCUGUUAAUGCCCCCCUAGGGAGUGCCCUUCAGCAUAUGCUAUAUUGCAAUUGAUUUCAUCUCGGAAAAAGUGAUUGACAUAUUUUUAAAAAAUAUGUUCACACUUAGCGUGGACACCCUGUAUAUCAAUCUGUCACAACCCCUUUAACUGUGUGGUUAAAAGUUUGGGGAAAUGCUUUAAGUCCCACCCUUUCAAGGGUGGUAUUUGACACCACUUUCAUCGAAGUAUGUAACUGGCAAUGUUAUCCACUGUUGUAUCUGGAACUACCAACCUGAGAAUCUUAGACUUCGAUAACAGAGCGGUUUGCAUUCGUGAAUUCGACGUUCUUGGUCACUAAAGCGCCUAGACGGAAAGACAAAAAGUAAGCAAUUCUACGCAAUACUCGCUUAACCCUCAACAGAUGUCCAGGAGAAAGUAUAUUUCCUUUUUUUGCCACCGCUUAAGCUCUCUUUCAGCCACACUCCUCUAAUGUAACACUCUGCCUCCUAGAUCAUCAGACUACUCCAUGCAUCCCAGUCGUACUAGACCAACAGCAUAUAUUCGAGCACCAUUGAUAUCCUCAGCUAUAUUUCCUUCACUUCCUUCGGAUGCAUCGCACCAUCUCUCCAAAACACCCGCGUUAGAACGCGUAACUUGCACUGUAGCUUUAUAGCUAUCAUGCCGAGAAACGAAAACUGCCUUCUUCCAAGCCGCGAACCACAUGAACGAAUCCCCUCAUAAUACCAACUCGUACAUGGCAUCAAGAGACGGGCACCGCCGUGUACUUGCAACGCAUCAAGACUACACACAUAAACACACACUGCAGUCGUCGUCCAGUCCUUCGAAGCACAUCUUGUACAUGUACCCUAUGGCAAAGCGUCCGUGACUAAGUCGGCCGCAGCCCGCCUUUCUGUUUCAUUACUUCUCGGACCAUCGCCACCAUUUUUUACUUUGUGAGCUACGAAAGUCGCAGAACCUCAAGCACGCAAAGUUCCUUCCAGCCUCGUUUGUUUAUUCCUUGCGGCGACAUGCAACACCUAAAACCUAAAUGGGCGGAAGACUGUAAAAAAUAGCGAUCAUAUCCAGAACUCAGCUCUAUGGG